GGUGGGGGGGCUGUACGUGAAACUCAAAGAAGUCGGGAUGGACGGCAAAGGCACCCUGAAGAUGUUCAGGAAGAAAAGGGAACUCAUCAAGACGCCAUCUAUCUCAAAGAAGAGCCGAGCAGGAAGCCCGGGGCCGCAGAGCAGCGCCCAGUCGCUGUCCAUCCUCCAGGAGCAGCCUCGGAAGGAUACAGGCGAUGUCACCCUCUCCUCUUCGCCCUCAUCUUCUUCCUCUGCUUCAACUCUCACCCCGACCUCUGCCGGGAGCCUGGACCCCUCCCUUUCCUGCCCGAGCACCCCCAGCACCCAGCACAGCAAGCUGGCGGCGAUGCAAGGCGUGGGCUGCCCGUCUCCUGUGGCCACCCUGAAGAGACCCACUGCGCUGAGCAGACACGCCAGCGCUGCAGGAUUCCCGCUCCAGUCGUGGGUGUUCACCAAAGGCCAGGGGAAAGGGGCUUUGACCCCCACUACUCCAUCUGAAGGCCCAGAGAGCACAGCCAUUGAGGUUGAGGACAUCCCGGCCCUGCUGAGAGACGUGGCACGUUUUGCCGAGGCUGUGGAGAAACUGAAGGAUGUCGUGCUGGCUGAAGGUAAGAAGGAGAGUCAGCGGCCUGUGGCUCACGAGUGUUUGGGGGAGGUCCUGCGGGUGCUGCGUCAGGUCAUCAACACCUACCCCUUGCUCAACACCGUGGAGAUCCUCACUGCUGCCGGCAAGCUCAUAUCCAAGGUCAAAGGUUUCCACUAUGAGGCUUGCAACGAAGCAGAUAAAAUGGACUUUGAGAAGGCAAUUGAAACCAUUGCAGUUGCUUUUAGCAGCAAUGUGUCUGAACUGCUGAUGGGAGAGGUGGACAGCAGCACAUUGCUGUCCCUGCUGCCCACUGAGAAGAGCAGGUCGAUGGAGAACUUGUACGCUGUGACAGGCCAGGGGGCAGAUGGGGGAGCAUUCAGGAGCGACCUGCAGGACAUGGGCAGAGGGGAAGAAGUGGAUGUGAUCCUCCAGCGCAGUGAGGGAGGGGUAGACUCUGCUCUGCUCUAUGCCAAAACCAUUUCCAAGUACAUGAAGGACCUUAUAAACUAUGUGGAAAAGAGAACUUCACUGGAGACCGAGUUUUCCAAAGGCCUCCAGAGAUUAUACCAGUCCUGCAAACACAGCAUAACCCAUCCCCACAUGCCCCUCUUCUCCAUCUACUCUCUGGCUCUGGAGCAGGACCAGGAGCAGAGCGUGGGGCUGCAGCAGGCCAACACCACCCUGCACAACCAGACCUUCAUCCAGCCUCUGUUGCAUCGUAAGCAGGAGCAUGAAAAGAGACGCAAGGAGAUCAAGGAACACUGGAUUCGAGCUAAGAGAAAACUGAUGGAGUGUGAGGCGAACCUGCGGAAAGCCAAGCAAACCUUCAUGGUCCGCUGCGAGGAGCACGACAAGGCGAAAACAGCAGCCUGCCGAGCUGAGGAGGAAGGAGGAGGAGGAGGAUCUGCAGCAAAGUCUGUGGAGAAGAAGAAACGAAUAGAGGAAGAGGCUCGCAACAAGGCAGACGAGGCAGAGGCCACCUACCGGACAUGUAUCGCAGACGUCACCACCCAGCAGCUGGAGCUGGAGCACACAAAAGUCACAGUGCUGAGGCAACUGCAGGACGUCAUCAAACAGAGCGACCAGACCCUCCGCUCGGCGACCAUCUCGUACUACCAGCUCAUGCACAUGCAGACGGUAGCCUUGCCGGUCCACUACCAGACUCUGUGUGAGAGCAGUAAGCUGUAUGACCCAGGCCAGCAGUACGCCGCCCACGUGCGAGACCUGCAACUGCCAGAGCAGCCUAAUGUUCACUACACGUUUGAGAACUACUGUGCCUCCAGCUCAUCGUCACACCAUGGGCACAGGCCAAGAAAUGACAGUUUCAACACAGAGCCGACGAGCCACACAGACAGUCCUGCCACCAGCGUGGACACACCAGCUGGAGACAACAGAGACACAGAGACUCACCGCAAGAGGCAGGGACACAAGUCGUGGGGUUCAACAGUGAGCGAUGACAGUGUUGGAGGAGAGGGAAGCGUAGAGUCUCCUACUGCCAGCACAAGUGAAAUCAAUAAAAUGGCUCGGACGUCGUCCACUGGAACAAUGUCGUCCAAUGAGGAUGCAGAUGAGAAAGACGGGAAUGUGACCUCAUUUGAUUCUCAAAAUAUUAAUGGCAUGGAUCCUGAUGUGGUGGUGUCCACCAGACCUUUCCGUAACAUUGGCCUGUCUAAAGCGGCACUGACCCACCGACUGAGGAAGCUACGGACUCCUUCCAAGUGCCGCGAGUGUGACAGCUACGUUUACUUCCAGGGGGCUGAGUGUGAGGAGUGUUUCCUCGCAUGUCACAAGCGCUGUCUGGAGACUCUGGCCAUCCAGUGUGGCCAUAAGAAGCUGCAGGGCCGCCUGCAGCUGUUUGGCAGGGACUUCUCUCAGGUAGCCAACUGUGCCAGUGACGGCAUCCCCUUCAUCAUCACCAAAUGUAUCUCGGAGAUAGAGAGACGGGCGCUUAAGAUGAAGGGCAUCUACAGGGUGAAUGGAGUGAAGACUCGCGUGGAGAAGCUGUGUCAGGCGUUUGAGAAUGGCAAGGAGCUGGUAGAGCUGUCCCAGUGUUCACCACACGACAUUAGCAACGUCCUCAAACUUUAUCUCAGACAGCUGCCAGAGCCCAUCAUGCCGUUCCGCCUGUACAACAGUCUUAUGGGUUUGGCCAAGGAGAGUCUGCAGAGUGAUGCAGACACACCAGUUGGAGAGGAGUCAGAGUCAAGCAGUAUUAUCCCAGCAGUGGGCAAGGGGCCGGAACUGGUGGAUCUGGGUCCUGACACCGAGCCAGAGGUCCUGGUCCUGGUGGACAAGCUGAAGGAUCUUCUGAAGGAUCUGCCCAAGGAAAAGAUCGCUACUCUGCGCUACAUUAUUCGCCACCUGCGGAGAAUUGCUGAACUGGAGGAAGAUAACAAGAUGAGUCCCAGCAACUUGGGGAUUGUGUUUGGUCCCUCUCUGAUGCGUCCCCGUCCAACCGGGGCCACGAUAUCUCUGUCCUCUCUGGUUGAUUACCCCCAUCAGGCCCGCAUCGUGGAGGCCCUCAUAGUCUUCUAUUCAUCCAUCUUCCAGUCCAAAACCUCCCAGUCCCAUAAAACCAGCCGCACUGCUUCCACCUCCACUCAGCAGGAUACUGUUGCCGAUGACAAGGUGGAGAGCUCCGCUGAUGGAGAGGAGGAUGUAGGCAGAGAGGAGCAGAAUAAACCAGAGUCUGACAAGACGGAAGAGGGAUGUGAAAGCUCUCUAGGGUCGCUGGGGUCUAGCGAGCAGCUCCCCGACUCUGACUCCGAGCUGGAUGAGAGUGGCCAGAGGACCGCACACUCCCGCAGACUGAUGAAGCAGGAGAGCGAGGUGAGCAUGGACGACGACCAGCUGAGCAACAGGGACAGUCUGGACCUGUCCAGCCAGUCUGCAACACACACCGACCUGGAACAAGAGCCAGAUCCAGACCACGACAACACGGAAGGAGCGGAGCCCCCGGCACUGCCAGACAGCGGGCCCCCGGCACUGCCAGACAGCGGGCCCCCAGAUGAGACGGGGGCAGAGCAGGACCUGAGUGUGUCCUUGGCUGAGCUCAAUGUGAACCAGUCCAACAACAACUUCCCCUGUUCCCCCAUUUUAAGCCUGUCGGGGCGUCCACUGGCACCUCUGUAUGGAAAGAAAUUACCCCUGACCAGAAACAGGGACAGCGAGCCUGAGUUUGUCUGAUAUUAUCAAAAUGACUGUGUGUUUGUCAAGUCUCUUAGUUUGAGUUGACUGUUUUUUUUUGUUUUUAUACAUUAAAAUCCAGUAAACCCUGAAACUGAGGGAUAUUGUGUAGUGUAGUAAAGUUUUGAAUCUAUACAAUCUAUCCUGGAAGUGAAACUCUUCAUGCUUCCUGCUGUUUAAUGCAAUUACUCUUUAUUUCAAGAGGUUUUGACUCAAAUGAUUAAUAUGUAUUUUUGUGCCAGUUUGUAUGUUAAAGUUUUACUUGUUUCUCUUUACAAGCUUAAGGAAGAGUGGGAAGCCAGUCACCUUUGAAUAUGAGCAAUGUCCAAACUUUCAAAGCAACUUUUAAAAGUGCUGCUGGUUUUGUUUCAGCACUAAAAUCUUACAAAAUAAAUUUAGAAGUUUCUUAUAAAUGUUGCCUGUAUUACCUUAUGACUGUUUGGUCUAUUUUAAUAAACAUUUUAUUUUAAAA